AUGGCGUUCGGCUUUGAGACCACCGGAUCAGAAAUCGUGGACGCGUUCAAGGACCGAGUCGCCGGCAAGACUUUCUUGAUCACAGGCCCGACCCCCGGUGGCAUUGGCGCUGAGACGGCGUCGAGCCUCGCUGCAGCCAGCCCGAAGCAUUUGAUCCUGGCUGGACGAUCGCGAGAGAAGAUUGCACCUCUCGUUGAGCAGAUCGGUCGAGAUCAUGCAGAAGUCAGGGUCAGCUUCAUCCAGCUGGACCUGGGGAGUCAGAAGUCUGUGCGACAGGCGGUCAGCGACGUGGAGGCGACGCUGGGGGAUGACCAGAUCGACGUGCUCAUCUUGAACGCUGCCAUCAUGGCCUGUCCUUAUGCGCUCAGCGAGGACGGAAUCGAGGCCCAGUUUGCAACCAACCAUCUGGGCCAUUUCUUAUUCUCGAACCUGCUGCUGAAGGCCGGCCGAAUCGUCUCGCGCAUCGUCGUGGUCAGCAGUUCGGCCUCGCAGCGAAGCGCCGCCGCCCUCAUGCCUCAUCUGAAAGACCUGUCCUACGCGCAGGGCACGACCUACGACCCGACCACUGCAUACUCAGUGUCCAAGGCCUGCAACAUUCUUUACGCCAAGCGACUGGCCAACCUACUCCGGUCCCGCGGCAUUGCGACCUUCAGUUUGAACCCGGGCAGUAUCAAGACGAAUCUGCAGCUCUAUCUCACCGAGGACCUGAGAAACAAGGCCAUCGAGGCAGCCAAGAGAGACAAUCCGGCCUUUACUCUACCCGGGCGCAAGACACUGCAGCAGGGAUGUGCCACCCAACUGCGUGCCGCGUUGGAUCCCAGCCUUGCCUCAGAGUCCGGAGCGUAUCUGGACGACUGUCAAGUCAAGAUGCUGCCAGAGCACGCGGAUGCAGAGGCGUACAUGGAGGAGGUGUGGACAAUCAGUGAGCGGCUGGUCCGUGAACAGUUCAAGUUCUAG